UCUUUAGAACGUUGGCUCCGCGCUCGCUUCCCGGUGGGGGUUUUGUGAUGGCGCUCCGUCGGUGGCUUCUCCUUUCGGCGGUCGCCGCCGUGGCUGCCGGGUCUUUGCCUCCUUUGCAGCCGAAGAUGGAGGACAAGCAGCAGGCGGAGGCGGUGAGGGAGCUGCUGGAGCGGCUGCUGGGCCCUCGGGCUGCCUCCGCCUUCGCGGUGUCCGUCAACCGGUCCUUAGCCGGGCCCAGCGGGCUGGACACUUACAAGCUGAGCUCCAAGGAGCCGGGGGUCGUUGAGGUCGCCGGCUCCAGCGGAGUGGCCGCGGCUUCGGGGAUCUACCGCUAUUUGAAGGAUUUCUGUGGAUGCCACGUUUCCUGGUCAGGUUUGCAGCUCCGACUGCCGGAUCGCCUCCCUCCGGUCCCAACAGAGAUCUUCGUCACCAGCCCCAACAGGUUCCGCUUCUAUCAGAAUGUCUGCACCCAGAGUUAUUCAUACGUGUGGUGGAACUGGGACCGCUGGGAACGGGAGAUCGACUGGAUGGCCCUCCAUGGCAUCAAUAUGGCAUUGGCAUUCACUGGCCAGGAAGCCAUCUGGCAGCGGGUAUAUUUGUCUCUGGGUCUGAACCAAUCAGAAAUUGAUGAAUAUUUUACUGGCCCAGCUUUCCUGGCAUGGAACCGGAUGGGAAACCUGCACACCUGGGCAGGACCUCUGCCCCUGUCAUGGCAUCUGAAACAACUCUACCUGCAGUACAGGAUCCUGGAGAGAAUGCGAACCUUGGGAAUGUUGACAGUACUGCCAGCCUUCUCUGGACACAUCCCUCGUGGUAUUUUAAGAGUUUUCCCUCGGGUCAACGUCACACGGCUAGGGAGUUGGAGUCACUUUGACUGCACCUUCUCAUGUGCCUACCUCUUAUCACCUGAAGAUCCCAUGUUCCAGGUCAUUGGAACCCUCUUUUUGAAGGAACUAAUCAAGGAGUUUGGUACAGAUCACGUGUAUAGUGCUGACACCUUCAAUGAGAUGCGUCCACUCUCUUCAGAUCCUGCCUACCUCUCCCAGGUCAGCGCAGCUGUCUUCCGCUCCAUGACAGGAGCUGAUCCCAGUGCCUUGUGGCUGAUGCAGGGUUGGCUUUUCCAGCACCAACCUGACUUCUGGCAACCAGCUCAAGUCCGAGCCCUCUUGCAGGGUGUGCCUCUUGGCAGGAUGGUGGUGUUGGACCUCUUUGCCGAAUCCAAACCUGUCUACUCUUGGACAGAGUCCUUCUAUGGGCAGCCUUUCAUCUGGUGCAUGCUUCACAACUUUGGUGGGAACCAUGGCCUUUUUGGCACAGUGGAGAGCAUCAACCAGGGUCCCUUCAAAGCCAGAGGUUUCCCCAACUCCACCAUGGUGGGCAUUGGCUUGACCCCUGAAGGCAUUGAACAGAAUGAUGUGAUGUAUGAGCUGAUGACGGACCUGGGCUGGUGUAAGGAGCCAGUCAAUCUUCAGCAGUGGGUGGCCUCGUAUGCCACACAGCGCUACGGCGCCACAAAUGCGCAGGCGAUAGAGGCCUGGCAAAGACUGCUGCAAAGUGUCUACAAUUGCUCGGGUAUUUGCAUCAACCACAACCACAGCCCGCUGGUACACCGUCCAUCUUUGCGAAUGAACAUAGACCUAUGGUACAAUCAGAGUGACGUUUAUGAAGCUUGGAGGCUACUACUGAGUUCAGCCAAAGAGCUUGGCUCCAGCAGCACCUUUAACUACGACUUGGCAGAUGUCACGCGCCAGGCCAUGCAGCAGCUUGUGAGUGACUAUUACCAGGAGAUCAAACAGGCAUUUCAGAGCCACAUGCUAUCUCGCCUCCUUACAGCUGGUGGUGUGUUGGUCUACGACCUUCUCCCAGAAUUGGACAAUCUCUUGGCCAGUGACUGGCGUUUUUUGCUCGGCCGCUGGCUGGAGGAUGCCCGCUCAACAGCCACGAGUGACAGAGAGGCAGAGCUGUAUGACCUCAAUGCCCGCAACCAACUGACCCUCUGGGGGCCCAGUGGCAACAUUUUGGACUAUGCCAAUAAACAGCUGGGAGGCCUGGUGCUGGAUUAUUAUGGGGUGCGUUGGAGCCUCUUUGUUUCCACCUUGGUGGAAUGCCUCAACACGGGGACACCAUUUCACCAAAACCAGUUCAACCAAGCCGUCUUCCAAGUGGAGAGGGGAUUUAUCUACAAUGGGAAACGGUACCCAACUAAGGCUGUCGGUAACACACUGGAGAUAGUCACAAAGAUAUUUCUCAAGUAUUACCCUUCGGCCAUGCAGCGUGGACAUUUGAGAUCUAUGUGACAGAGGCUUCCUCUUUUUAGUUCUUUGCACCAGUAAUGCUACCAACUGGACAGGCCUUUCCUUGUCUUGGUGCUGUGUUUCAGAGCUGAGGCUGCCCAGCUUGUCACAGUACAUUCUUGAAUGCACAUAUUAUUUUCCUCUAUUGCACUGGGAUUGGGGAGGCAAGGGGAGGGGAUGCUAGCUGUCAGAAAAACUUCAGAGGUAAAACCUAGCUGGAAGUACAGCUCUUCAGCCUGGAAAAUUUGCAUCCAAGCUCCCAGUGUUUCUGAUUGGUGAUUAUGCUCAGGAACUCAGCACAUGCUCUUAAGAAUCAGUGGUACUUGUGAUCCACAUGCUCUAGAGCUGGCUCAAAUUGAGCUCAGUACUCAGAAGUGGGGUAUACUGUUUUAGAUUUGGAGGGCUAUGGGUGAUAACAGUGCCUUUCCUCAUACCAUUGGCAUCCUAGCCUGAUGCUCUUCCCUCACCACAUUUCAUUAUCCUUUGCACUCAAGCUCAGUGUGGUUUCUUUAUGCCACUUUCCCAGCCUCUAAAAUACAUCUGAAGGAGAGGACUUUUGUAAGUAAGUCAAGAAGUAUUCAAGCAUUUGAGAGUCUAGAGCAGGAAUUUAUGGCCUUCCAAUGUAAUUAAAUGGAACUUUCUCUCUUUGCUAUUGGGCAGGGCUGAUGGAAGUUGUAGUCCAACAGUCUCAAGGACUAUACAUUUCUCACACCUGAGCUACUAUGACCUUAGGGGGCUUGAAACCAAAAAAAGGAGGUAGGAAAGACGAGACACCGUUUCUUCUUCUUGCUUGCCAGGAGAAAGACUUAAAAGAUACCAAAUUGAAAGCAGUGCUUGUCCUGGGGUUCAUUGGCUGAGAUGAAGUACAAUUAUAAUAAAAGUAGGCAUGAAAUUGUUAUGCAGAAUGCUCUUUUCUGACAGGACAACCUUACAAGAUGAGAGAAGAAUAGUUGGCAUUGUUGGGAGGAAAACACUUAAGUAACGUCCUCCUGUGAUGAUAGCUCUAUGACUGACUUGAGAUGGGGUUUGGGACCUUCCGCACAGUACUUCUAGGUUUUUGGUAUAAAAGGCAAAUACAAUGAAACUGUAAUAUCAACAUUUUUAUUUUUACUGUUUUAUAUAUUCUUCAAUCUGUCUUAACUUUUCAAUGUGCCUUGUGGUCCUUAAAUGACAAAGGGGCAAGUUUACAUAUUGGAUGUAUAUAUUUUGUUCACACAAAAAAUGUUUAAUCUCUGUAAUUAUGUUUGAUUUAAUAUCUAUAUAAAAGUGUUUUUACCUGUGGUAAGAAAGAA